AUGGCAACAGACAAGCCUUCGGAUGAUAACAAGAAAGAACCUAUCAAACAGGACAGUGAGGAGUCCCCAUUGGGCUCGAGCCCUGAUGGAGAGGGAGACGGAGAGCCAGCAGAUUCGGGCGAGCAGGGCCAGGCCCUCCCCACCCCGGAGGGCCAGGCGCCCAAGCGGAAGGGAGGCCGCAAGCCGAUCUAUGCGACCACAGAGGAGCGGAAGCAACGAAACCGCCAGGCUCAGGCAGCUUUUCGAGAGCGGCGAACCGAGUACAUUAAGCAGCUUGAGCAAACUAUCAGUGUCCAGGAGCAGACCCUGGCUAAUCUGAAUGCUGCUCAUCGUACCGCCGCGGACGAGUGUCUGAUGCUGAGAUAUAAAAACUCGCUGCUCGAACGCAUACUCCUCGAGAAGGGCAUCGAUGUGCAAGCUGAGCUUCAGGCCAAGCAUGGUAGUCCUAAUUUUGGUCCGACCCACAUGCCACAGAACAUUAUCCAGCCGCCGCCAAUAUCGAGGACGCUGCUUAACAGACAUCACUCUCGGAGGUCGACCUCCAGCAUCGCACCGAAGCUGGAGCCUGGCUAUAGUACACUGCCUCCAAUACAUGGGGCGAACCCUCCGGCAGGAUCUCCCAAAUCUCGGCCCACGCCCUCAUCGCAUGCGGCAUCUCCUACAACAACCGAGGGUUUUGGAGCUUCGCCGGCGUCGUCUGAGAACGUGGGCCCAGGAGGCAUGCGGCCUGGGAUGCCGUCCGCUGGGAUGAAGCAGCCAAUGGGCCAGAUGCCUGGCCCGUCACGAAUGAUGCCGCCCAUGCAAGGAGGUCUUGGUCAACACUCGGGACAAGGGGCACAUGCUGGUAGGAUGGGGGCGCCGAGUGUCAGCAAUGCACCAUUCUACCAGACACCGGCAUAUCAGAAUCAUAUUGAGCAACUCGAACAAGAAUAUGAUGCUGCAGCUGAUAUGAUGGACGAGGGCGGCGACGCACCAGAAACACCUUCUGGACCAGGUCCAUAUCCUGGUGCUGGUUACGCUGCUGCCGCCGCCGCCGCUCAACAGCACCAGGCCAUGAGCCCAACAACGACAGGACCAAUGGAGGCGAACGCCGCAACAGGGCAUCCACAGGGGCAUCAACAUGGCCUCUCUAUGACGCAACUGCUGGACCCUUCGAUCGAUUGGGAUCCUUUCGGCUUAAGUGCUAGCAUGGCCUUUCCGUCAUCGUUCUCCUUCGACACGAGCAACAUGAGAUGA